UCUGGGUCUGCGAGGAAAAUGGCAGCUACGGAGACGUUCAAUAAAAAGUUGGAGGAAGAGAAGCGUUUCUUGAAUGAGCUAAAAGAAAAGUAUACUCGUCAAAUGGAUCGCCUAAAGUCAGAGGAGAAGACCCUUCGUCAGUUGCUCAGAAACAGUGCAAUUGCCAGUACUCGCCAUUCCCUCCACCACAAUGAGUGUGAGAAUACAAGUGAUGAUGUUGCUCAUAUUGAUGAAGAGGAGUGGAUCAACCAAACACCACUUGAACUGGGGCAAGGAGGCUUAACUCAACAGCAAAGUGCAAUCACUAUACCUAGAACGGAAACUAAUCAUGACACAGGAAUGGCAAGCCCUAAGACCGAUCCUACACAACUGCACAGUCAGAUGGACGCAGCAAGGAGUGUAGUCCAUUCGAUACUGCAAGAUGAAUUAGGUCCAGACUGGAUGCAUGAGGACACAAGCUAGGAAUAGGCAUCAGUAAUUCUAUCCAUAAAGAUCGAAGUCUGAAUAUAAUGAUAUAAUAUUAAUUGCUAUUGAAACUGAAGUAGUAUGGGUGUAUGAGUGGCAAUAGUUUGGAAGUAUAGGUAGACGGUAUUCAAGAUGACUCCACAAGACUGUCCUUCAUCAAAAGCAAAGUCAUGCUUCACUGAAGUGGUCGAUAGCAUUAAUUUGCUACUACAUAAUGUAUUUUACUAUUAUUAUUAUUUAUUAUAUACCUACAUGUACAUAUACUAUUACAUUUAUGAAACACAUACAUAAUUGCACCAAUGCCAAAAAUGCCUCUAUCAUGCACAUGUGGUCGAGUGGGUGGGAUAAAACAUCAAUAGCCCAGAUAUGAAAUCUCGCUCAGAUAUGAA